AUGGGCAACGCACACACGAUUGAACUGCCUCGUAAGAUCCGCUCGCAUCAUACGUUUUACGUUGGACGUCUCCGCCCGUACUAUCAGUACGAGCCCUUGCCGAGAGGCAUCGAACAUCUCCACGGUCAAGAGCCGAGACCAUCUUCGAGUGGUCCCGUUUCGGCAAGCCAAUAUGGUCGACUAGCGAAGCGACCUGCUCACGCAGUUGAGCGAUGUCUCGACGAGUUGCAGUCAGCUCGUCACGAAGAGAAUGAAUCGAACGUUCAUUACAAAGUUGCGCGAACGCAAACGCGGCACAUUCUUCCGAAAGAUCGUGCACUAAGGAAUUGUAAUCAUCCUUUACAAGAUCAUGGAGCUCAUAACGGCCAGUCCGUCCAUGAGUCAGGUCAUCUAGCAACUGUUCCGUUACACGGUUCAGCUCUUGAAAAUGAAGCUGAUCCGACUCUCGAGCCGGAGCAGGUGUUCCCGCCACCACCACAUCCUUUGGGGGGUUCUCGCGGAGGUCAACGCUUUUUGGUAAAGCGUAUUUUGAACCACCGCGAUGAGAAUGGCGUCCGGACGAGUUACCUCGUUCGAUGGCGUGUCUAUCCACCGGCGUGGGACAGCUGGGAGCCUCGUGCCCAGCUGAUUGUUGAUGUCCUUGGUCUCGUCGAGCAAUACGACCAGACCCACCUGCUGAGUUCGAAGAAGGGCCGUCGGAAAACGACCUCCCGGAACGCGAGUACAGAGAUUGCAAGGUGUCAAUCCCUUUGGCCAUCUCGGAAGAGAUGCGCGCUCUCCAGUAGGGAUCAUUAG